AUGUACAGCGCCGACGGUUUUUCAGACCCACAUAGAUAUGUGGAAUACUACAGAAACCAAGCGGGUGAUGUCUCCCCGGAUACAACGGAGCCCCCGUCACGUACGACAGACUCCCAGCAGUCUCUGGCCGUCCUAAUUGAUUCCGGGGCAGAUGAGAGCUUCAUCGAUUCUACACUGGCUCAACAGUGGGGAAUCCCCACCACCCGCGUCCAGGCAACACGGACAGCUUACGCUCUGGACGGAAGGAGAAUGGCAACCAUCUCCCAGGUUACUGUUCCGAAUGUCGUCACAAAGCUCAUGGAACCAUAUCUGGACAUGGGCAGAACUGUUACAACUGACAACUUCUUCACAUCUCUGUCUCUAGCUAAUAAACUACUGAAGCGCAACACGACUCUGCUUGGCACCAUAAAUAAGAUACGACGGGAACUUCCACUUCAGGCUAAAGAUGUGUCAGGACUGAAGGAAUCCUCCACACAAGUGUUUAGAACAGGCCCUGUUAUUCUGACAGUGUAUGCACCCAAAAAGAAGAAGUCUGUCUGCAUUCUGAGCACCAUGCACCGAAACGUGGAGAUUGGCAAGGAUCGCAAGAAAAAACCAAACACGGUCACAGACUACAACUGUAUGAAGUGUGGCGUCGACAUCAUGGACCAGAAGGUGCGUGCCUACACGGUGCGAACAGGAACACGGCGGUGGCCAGUUGCCGUGUUCUACAACAUUCUGGACCUGGCAGCGAUGAACGCGCACAUUCUCUACAAGGCGUGUACAGGAUCCACAGAGAAAAGACGAGUGUUCAUGGCCCACCUUGCAGAGGAACUUCGGCGUCGUUUUAUGCAAGAAAAACAGAUUGAAAAAGAAAUGAAAAUACAACUCAGACAAGCUUCUGUUCCUCAGCUUGCCGCUGGAAAGAAGACUCAGUGUCAGGUGCUCCGUCACUGUAAUAGGAACCACAGCACAGAGAGAUGUGUGCAGUGUGACAGGUACACCUGUCGCAAGUGUAGGAAGGAGGGUUCUUGGCUGUGUGACGACUGUUAG